CUCCGCGUUGUGAAGAAGCGGCCGUGACUUGCUUGGCGACCAAAUGGGAGAGCUGCGCUGGAACAACAAUGAUCCGGCGCAGCUUCAAAAGCGCGGAAGAGCAACUGUUGCACUGCCUGGAUACCGCAACACAGUCUCUGUUCCAGUUGUCUUUAGCCUGACAAUAAUGAGUUCUCUCUUCAAGAAUCGUAACAAAGCGCGCAGGGUAGGUCCCGUUGAAGAAGAUGAGGAAAACAGCACCGUACAAGAUGCAGAACCUGUCGUCAAGAGACCGGCGAAGUCAAAACAGAAGUCAAAGCUGCGUCUUUCUUUCGGUCCAGGUGAGACGUCUAUGGCCGAAGAUGAAGACCAAAGUGAAGUCGUAACGCCUAAACGACCCGGACUGGGAAGACGGGCCCUAGAGAAAAGCGCUCUCCAGCGUUCAUGGUCUCCUUCCGGAUCGUCGGACCAUCUCCCAAUUCGAGUCGGGCAAGAUCAGGAUCGCCCCGUUUACAAUCAAGAUUAUCUCAAGGAAUUGCGCGAUUCCACCCCAUCAACACCAAAACAGCAGAGUUCCGUACAGAGCGACGAGGAGCUAAACCAAGGCGUGGAUGUAGCUGCUAAAUUUGGAGAGGUGAUGGAAAUAUCUAGGCCCACUUCUAUUCCAAGCGAAGCAGAAAUCCGGGAGAAAAAGGCUAGGAGGGCUCGGUUAGCGAGGGAGCAGGAUUUCAUUUCUCUGGAUAAAGGCAUUGAGGAAGAGGAGGACUAUUUGUCUCUGGAUCCUAAGAGGGAGAAAGAGGAAACUAGGCUUGUGCGUGACGAUGAAGACUUCGCAGAAGGCUUCGACGAAUACGUUGAGGAUGGUAGAAUCUCAUUGGGAAAGAAGUCUGAACGGGAACAGCAACGAAGGAAACGCGCAGAGAUGCGCGACCUGAUCGAAGAGGCCGAGGAUACGUCUGAUGAGGACGAUUCCGAUGCUGAGCGCAAGGCCGCUUAUGAAGCUGCGCAGAGGCAGGCGGCGAUGGGGCACGACCGUGCUGAUCAUCCUGAGAGGCCGAAAACGCCUCCUAAGAUCACAUCACUGCCUCGUCUCUCAGAUAGCCUGAGCCGCCUGCGUGCAUCAUUAGCCGCGAUGGAAGUGUCAAAAUCAGAACUAAUCAACAGGAUGGAGGAGUUACGGAAGGAAAAGGCGGAUAUAGCCACUCGCGAAGUGGAAAUUCAAGCUUUGAUCAAAGAAGCAGGGGAUAACUAUGAGAGACUCAGAUCGGAGGCAGGUCUCAGUCCCAGUGCUGAAGGGGGUCUACCAGGUGACGAUAUCCAGAACUACCGCGGUCUCGAGAGUCUCGGGACAUCGAUGGCGACGCCUAAUGCAGCUUCCCCAAACGGGAAUCCACCUCAUCUCUAUCGCCAUUCAGAUGCAACUCCGACAGAGCUCUUUUAUGAUUUAGCUUUAGUCGCAAACUUAUCAACCUUUACCGCCACGCAUGAGAUAAACAAUGUAGAAGCUCUCUGGGCUUACGUUGGCUUUCUUGGGGUGAUAUGGUUUACGUGGCUACAAGUGACUCUAUUCGACAUUCGGUUCGCACGCGACUCCGUAUUCGAAAGGAUAUGCAAAGUUGUUCAGCUUGGGACAAUGGUCGGCUUUGCCUCUGCCGGGUCCCGCUUCACCACAAGGAUACGAGACGAAAAUGUCUGGGCAUUCAAAGCGCUCACUGUUCUUCUCGCCGUUAGUAGGCUGAUGCUGGCAGUUCAGUAUUCCAUAAAUCUGAGGUUCAUGCGUAAGAAAAUGAGGACUGCAUUUAAGGGUAUGGUCGUUAUAAUCGCGGUACUGUUGAUUACAAGCGCCAUCUAUACUGGGCUAUACUUUGCUUUCGGCACUCCAAGAAGCAGUCGAUCAUACGUCUGGAUCGUAUGGUUCGCCUUAUUUGCUGUUGAGAUGGUCGUCAUCAUGGGAAUCUCCGGCGAGACACCGGGCAUAGGAUUUGAGGAUACGCAUCUCAAUGUGAGGAUGGGGCUCCUGACAUUGAUCAUUAUCGGAGAAGGUGUGAUCUCUGUCACUAGGAUCGUUAACAAGACUGUUGGAGGAGGAGGCUGGACUAAAUGGUCAUUCGUCCAUAUCCUCGGUGUGACGACCACAGUUUAUCUCGUGUGGCAGUCAUAUUUUGAUCUAUCCCCGCGGAUGAAGUAUGGGAAGAUCCGUCAACAGAUAUGGACUCAGCUGCAUUUCCCUUUUCAUAUUGUUCUCAUUCUUCUCCUCGAAGGGUCUCAAAUCCUUGCUCUGACCCUAGACAUCUCACUCAAAUUGAGAUACCUUGGAGAGACAAUUUUGUUCGUGUGCGAGAGGCCUCGUCCUGACCCUGCCCGCGCAGUGAGGCUUCUGAAUAGUACAAUUGUGGACAUGGAAAUCGAUUAUUCUCGGGGGGCGUUGAAGGAAAAAGAAUCAAUAGAUUCAAUCAUCAAUGCGCUGGCAGACCAGCCUCUUUGCCCUUCAAGCCACUCUGCUCAUUAUUCUCUAACUCAAGAUCGAGCCGAGAAUCUAAUGAGAAACGUGACUGCGGCCUUGUUUUCGAGUAUGGGAAUAGCUCCCUCGAAGGGAAAUGACACGAGUCAGCUUGACAAGAACAAGUUCUUAAUCAUGUACCUUCAACUUCUCAGUUUUGUCUACGUGUACUUCUUUGUCGUGGCAUCCCUAACCAUGGCUUCCUUUUCGGUGUUCACCUUCCUCACGCGGCGUCAUCAUCGCAGGCUGUACAGAUAUCUAGCUGUCGGAACACGCAUUGUCCUUGCGCUUCUUCUGGCUGGGUUAAUCUUAUUCGCGCUGGAAUUCAAGCUUGCAUACCAUUUCAUGACCAGCCCUAUGAUACUUUUCACUGUCACUCUGGUACUAUUCACCGUUCUCUUACUCGAUAGGCUUUUCGAUUGGCUUUCCACCAGGGAGCAGACGCGACCAGGCCAUAUGGAAGGUAGUGAAAGCGGUUCGAAACCGAUGCCAUCCAAUACAAUACCUCUGCGGAAUUUGUCAUCUCACUCAUCUCACAUGUCUGUCGCUCAUGGCCACCUUGUAAAUAAUCUGUCCGGAGAGCAGCAUGUCACGUCGUUCCAAUCACCAGAUAUGGUACCUGGUUCAUCGCAUUCAGUGUGACUUUAGAGAUAUUCGCCGUCUUCGCUACUCUGCUUGCGAUAGAAGGGAAUUAGUUAACUUUCCUUGGAGUUUCUUACUGUACGACAAGCUGGGCUAGGAGGGUUCGGAAUCGGAUGGACAUUAUUACGCUGGAGUAAUGAGUUUUGGAUUUGGCGUGUACGAUACCACAUUAUACAGGA